UUUAGAAAACGUUAACUUAAGAUGGCUAAGAAGAACGGAACGUCAUGGUUCACGGCCGUGAAAAAGAUUCUCUGGUCACCAUCAAAAGACUCAGAUCACAAGAAGACUCACAAGAAAGAAACUGAUUACAAGAAAAAUGAAAAGAAAGGAUGGAUAUUUAGAAAGACCAAACUCGAAACUACAAAUUCUGUAGUAGAAGACACUGUCCGUAAGGUUCUUACGGUGGAGACAGUGGAGGAAGAGAAACCUGCGGUUAAUGUCUCCGCCGUGGAUGAAGCUGUCGCCGAGAUCGUUAAACUAAAGGCACCUCCGGGUUUUAUUAGACGUCAUUGUGCUGCCAUUGUUAUUCAGACAGCUUUCCGAGGCUACCUCUCGAGGAGAGCAUUACGGGCAUUGAGAGGGAUAGUGAAGCUACAAGCAUUAGUGAGAGGUAACAAUGUAAGAAACCAAGCCAAACUUACUCUAAGAUGCAUCAAAGCUUUGGUUCGAGUUCAAGAUCAAGUACUUAAUCAUCAUCAACAACGGUCAAGAGUCUUAUCAUCAUCACCAUCCCGUAACUAUAACAUUGAAGCAAGACGUAACUCGAUGUUCGCUGAAUCUAACGGUUUUUGGGACACCAAAACAUAUCUUCAAGACAUCCGUAGCCGUAGAUCUCUGUCGAGGGAUAUGAGUAGAUGCACCAACAAUGAAUUUGACUCUGAAGAAACAGAAUCUAUUUUGCAGAAGAAGUUAGAGAUUGCUAUUAAACGUGAGAAAGCACAAGCACUUGCUCUCUCUAAUCAGAUUCGGAGUCGGUCGUACCGGAAUCAAUCAGCCGGUGACGAUNUUUAA